GAAGAAGGAUAAGUGAAUCACAGCGACUCUAAAAGAGUUGUUCUGCAGAGUGUCUGCGCUAAAGGGGAGACUUUUUCUGCUCUUAUCCAGAGGAAGCGGCUUCCCUCUUUGCGCUCAGCCGCGCGCUGCCCGCAGCUGGACGCAGCUGGACGCAGCUGUUUGGUGCGUGCCUUUUCCUACCAGUUGUCCGUGGGUCUUUUUUUUCGGUUGGUUGGGAGGAGCCGCGCUCCGAUGCGGGCAGGUGAUGGAUGUCAGCGGAGUUCAAGGUCGCAGCUUCAGAGAGAAAUCGUCCUCCUUCUCUCUCCUGUCUCCCGAUGGCUGGUCCCUCAGAGGGAAGAAGAGAAAGCAGGCCAGCAGAGAUGCAGACUCCCUCAGCCUCUGCAGUCUGGACAUCAAUGAGCCCAGCACCAAGCGCAGUAAGCCCGUAUCCAGGGUCACUUCUCUGGCCAGCCUGCUGCCGCCCGUCAAGACCACGCCGCUGAAGAGGAUUGGUCAGACCCUGCAGCGCUCCAUCAGUUUUCGCAACGAGAAUCGGCAAGACAGAGCAGCUCCUCCUCCUCCUUACUCCUCCUCCUCCUCCUCCACGAUGAAGACGCGGGUCAUUUCAGCGACGGUCUCCAACCCCUCGUCCUCCACGACGGCGUCCCGGGUUUCCACGGCGGCGACCCUGACGUCGAAGCGCCGCGACAGCAAGCUGUGGAGCGAGACGUUCGACGUCAGGCUGGGGGCCACGCAGACCCUGAGCCCCAAGGAGAUAAAGCGACAGGAGGCUAUUUUCGAGUUGGCUCAAGGAGAGCAGGACUUGGUAGAGGAUCUUAAACUGGCCAAGAAGGCCUACCAUGACCCGAUGCUGAAGCUGUCCAUCAUGACUGAGCAGGAGCUGAACCAGAUCUUUGGCACUCUGGAGUCACUGAUCCCUUUGCAUGAAGACCUUCUCAGCCACCUCAGAGACGCCAGGAAACCCGACGGGUCCACAGAAAAUGUGGGACACAUACUGACGGACUGGCUGCCCUGCCUGUCCUCCUACACCCCGUACUGCAGCAACCAGGUGAAAGCCAAGGCCCUGCUGGACCAGAAGAAGCAGGACCGGCGGGUGCAGGACUUCUUGCAGCGCUGCCUCCAGUCGCCGUUCAGCCGCAAGUUGGACCUCUGGAACUUCCUGGACAUUCCUCGCAGCCGGCUGAUGCUGAUGGUCCAGAGCGUCGUGGCGGACAUCAACAGACAGACCGGAGAGUCAGAGUGUCAGUACUACAAGGAUCGCCUCUUAUACUCGGAGGACGGACAGAAGGACGAGCUCAUCGGUCGGUCCAAGACCCUCAGCUGCCACGGAGAGCUGAAGAACAACAGAGGACUCAAGCUCCACGUGUUUCUGUUCCAGGACAUCCUGGUCAUCACCAGAUCCGUCUCCCUGAACAACCAGCCGGUGAGGUACCAGCUCUGCCGCCAGCCCAUCCCCAUCCGGCAGCUGGACCUGGAGGACCUGUCGGACGGAGAAAUGAGAGUGGGCGGCUCCAUCCGGGGGGCCUUCAGCAACAACGAGCGAACCAAGAACUUCUUCAGGGUUUCGUACCGCGCAGGUGGACAGCUGCAGAGCCACUGCUUCCAGGCCAGCGACGCUUUCAACAAACAGCAGUGGAUCAACUGCAUCAGAAACGCCAAAGAGGCCGCUGCUCUGACGGGAGGCCCCCCCCCUCAGACGGGCCCGUGUCUGGAGCCGGGGCCGGAGGGGCGGCCGGGUGUGCCUGACGGGGCCGAUCAGAGGCUGAGCAGCGAUUCGGGGCUCGGGAACGAGAAAGGAAUGUGGGGGGAAAUGGAGACCGGCCCGGUGUUGAAAGGAGAGGCAGGUUUAGACGAAGGGGAGGAUCUUGGUUUGGUCAGGGAGGACAGCGUGAUGGAAGAGGCAAACGCCGGGGGGGAGGUGGAGGCAGGUUUGGAUGUGUGCGGUGAGACGGGUUUGGGGUUAGAUGGGGGGUUAGAUGGGGGAUUAGAUGGGGGGUCACCGGUGGACAGCGAAAUCAGUGAGAUAAAGACCGCUGAGGGGACGGAGACAAAGCCUGCUGUCUGUGGGCCGAUAGAGGCGGAUCCAGGAGCCAGAGCAGACAUGAGGAUGGACGGAGAAGCAGAAACUCGCAUCACAGGGGAUCCUAACGCCCCCGUUUCCCCCUCCUCUUCACGGCCUCCUAACCAAACCGAUGGGGAGGUGGUGGAUCACGAGCGGAGGGGCUCCGAGGAACAAGAAGAGGCCGAAAUGGACACCGGUGAGACUGACUCGAUCCACUGUGAGGAGCUGACCCACAGGUGCUGA